GUUUUCGAUUACCUUCUUAGACCCUCUUCAUCAGUCUAUCUACUCCAACUCCAUGAGCGACCAAACAUCCCAGAAAGAACCCACUCAGCGGCCAGCUUCUUCCCCGGCAACACUGCCUGCGGAACAGGCCCCCCAAGAAACUAAACUGGCGGUCGAGCCUGUUGCCGAGACAUCCUCGACACCAACUGCUCCAACUUCAGCCGGCACAGAGCCCCAAAUCAAGGUCUAUAACCCUGUAGAAUCUGCUCCAAAAGCUGAUGAGGAGCUCGACGAUGCGUUCUUCGAACCAACCGUCAACGACGUCCGUGCCAUUUAUGCUUCCGUAUCAUCACGCUCAAAGCGCCUGAACGACGCUCCUUUGAUUACCAGCAAAUAUCGUGACGUUGAAAAAGGAGAAAAGGAAAAGGCGAAGCGGGAAAAAUGGCCAGAGACCACAAUGCGGAUCAAGUUUUCCGAUGGUACCAUUAUACAGAGUGUAUUCCCCAGUUCAAGCCCAAUCCAACCUGUCUACGCCUUCGUUCGCUCUUGUUUAGACGAGACUUCACAGACUAAAACAUUCAUCCUCUGGCAGCCGCCUCGCAAUCGCUACCCUGAACACCCGGUCCCCGUCUCCAAGAAGCCGAAUUCAUACAAGACCAACAUCAUCGCCCCUGCCAAUUAUGGUGCAGUCCGCGGAGGUGUUGUGCAGGGAUUACAAGGGGGCACGGGCGGUCAAGAGUCUCUUGCAGAGCUGGGGCUGGUGCCUCAGAGUUUGCUUAUGGUCAAAUGGGAUGAAGAAGAGAUGAAUUCGAGUUCUUUCUCGGCGCCAUUGAAAGACGAACUCAGGAAAAAGAGCGAACCAUUACCACCCCCAGCUGUGAAAGAGACGAGCGAAAGUGGGACACCUGUAACUGCUGAUGCGCCCGACCAACCCAAGGAAAAGAAGAUACCAAAGUGGUUGCAAAAAGGGUUGUUGAAGAAGAAAUAAAGAAUAUUAGAGAAUAGCGGGGGCCGGUAAACCAGUUGUACUUUGUAUGCAUAAGUGGGGCAC